AUGGAGGGGCAGAAGAAGAGGGUGGCUGUUCUGGUGGGUUGCAAUUAUCCCAACACUAGCAAUGAGUUGCAUGGUUGCAUAAACGAUGUUUUGGCCAUGAAGGAGACUUUGGUGAAGCGAUUUGGGUUUGAAGACAGUAACAUUGAGGUGCUCACUGAUGCCCCAGACUCUUGUAAAAUGCCCACUGGUGCCAACAUCAAGCAGGCACUGGCUAAGAUGGUUGAUGAAGCUGAAGCAGGUGAUGUGCUAUAUUUUCACUACAGUGGACAUGGAACUAGAAUCCCUUCCAAGAAACAUGGCCACCCCUUCCGCCAUGAGGAGGCUAUUGUGCCUUGUGACUUCAAUCUCAUCACUGAUUUGGACUUCCGGCAACUAGUAAACAAGCUACCAAAGGGUGUAAGCUUCACAAUCCUUUCAGACUCAUGCCACAGUGGAGGCCUCAUAGACAAAGAGAAAGAGCAAAUAGGUCCAUCCUCAUCGCUUCAAAAAGGUGCCACAUCAAAAACAAGUUAUACCCUCACCCCAAAGACAAUCCCUUAUCACUCCAUAUUGCAGCACCUCUCUUCCCUUACAAAAGCCACCACGGAAGACAUGGGCAUGCACAUGCUAGAACUCUUCGGCUCGGAUGCGAGUUUGAGGUUUCAAACUGCGUCGCAUGGUCAGUUGGAGGCGCUGGGACCCGACGAGGGCAUUCUGCUGAGCGGGUGCCAGGCGGACGAGACCUCGGCGGACAUGAACCCCAGCGCGGGCGGCGGGAAGGCCUAUGGGGCGUUCAGCAACGCGGUGGAGAUGGUGGUGAGGGAGGAUAAGGAGGGUGGGUUGAGCAACAAAGAGGUGGUAGUGAGGGCGAGGAAGUUGCUACAAGAUCAGGGGUUUGAACAGCAUCCAUGCCUCUAUUGCAGUGAUCAGAAUGCUGAUGCUAUCUUCUUGUUAACCUAA